AAUACUUCAAUGCAACUUUUGUGAAAUGGGGAAAGUGCCACGAAACGUUUUUGUACCAGGCUGGAAACAUCUGCGUGUCUUUGAGAACUGAGUUGCUUUUGAAAUCAGCUUCAAGUGUUGACGAAACACGUCCAUCACUGACGUAAAACGUAAGCACACGGUCCGUGCAUCUGGUGGGUGGAUGUAUGUCCCCGUGGGAAGAAAAAGUCAGCUGAAAAAAGUCGUCACUUUGUCACAGGAGUUAUUUAAUCCCCAUAUUUUUAUUACUUAAUGUAAGCAGACACAUUUAAUCGGUGCUCCGAUUAUCUGUACGUUUUCUCAUUGAGAGGAGAUGGCGAAAGGCAAAACGAAGAUCAAGAGCAGUGAAGACUUAGCUCCACCCCAGGCUCGGUCACUCAGGUCUAGAAAGAGGGAAUUUCCAAGUGAUGACAUUUCUCUAACCGAUGAUGUUCAGGCUCCACAUCAACAGGAUGCUGAAGAGUAUAACACAGCAGUAGUUUCCACACCACCACAGUGUCCUCAGUCUCUUGCUCAGGAAUGUGCUAAGACUACAAAUCAGCAGGAAGCAGAUCAAGCCUGUGCCACAAAACAGGAAGAAGAUGCAGGCUGCUUUACAAAUGUGGAACUUCAAGAGCAAGAUGCUAACAAUCCCAAAAAUGAUUCUCAGCUGGAAGACCUUCAAGUACUUUCUGAAAAUUUCACCAACAAGAGUGGAACAAAUGAGGAGGAAAUGGAUUUAGAUGAAUGUAACAGAUCAUUGUAUGACACACGCACAGAUCAGCUCAAGGUUUUCCUGCCUAUCACCAAAGAACAUGUCCAGUCCUGCCCGGUUGCUUUGAAUGGAAAGGAGAACUCUGAUGUGGAGAGCAAUCAACACACUGGCCCAGAAGAACCUACCAACGUGUGCUUGGGUGAUGUCACAAAGGGGUCGGUAGCAGGAUUGCCAGCCAAGAAAAAGCGAAGGAUGGGCAUGUGUGGCCUGACAGAGAAGGAGCGGAGUCAUUUUUUAAUGACACAAAAGCGUGAAAACGGGCAAAACAGAGAGGGUAAAGUGGAGAAACCUAUUUGCGAGAACACAGCUGAACCUGUGACUGUGGAAGAAAACACAUCUUCACUCCCGUUACCAUCCUCACCUCCAUCCAUCCCAGCAGACGGGCAGAACGGGGAGCCGAGAGAGGAAGAGAUAAAGCUUCAGCCUAGUCACUGUAAAGGAGAUGAAAGAACACACAGAGCAGAAAGUGAAGCCUGUGCUGCUGUCAGUCCUUCAGAUGGCUCCACCGCUGGUUUCGAUUCCGGCUGCUCAGAGGGAAAAGGUUGUGAGCGUGAAGAUGGCAUAGUUACUGAUUCAGAGCAAGCCGGUGACUUAGAUCACCUUGCAGGAAAAGAAGCAGGGGAGGAUUUGGGCAGCCAAAAACUCCAAGAACUCAAAGUUUGUACCAAUGAAAUUAUGGCUGAAGUACCUAAAAAUCAAGAGGAAGCUGGCUUAGCAGAAGCAAACUGCAGCUCUGCCAUGUCUUUCUGCACAAGUCAAGAUGAGAAGACUGUCCACCUGCAGGCUCUCCUUCUGCAGGUGGACAGUGUUACUGGAACAAGAGAUGAGAAGGAGGAAGAGAUCAGCGGGAAUGUGUUCAGUGGUGAUGGAGCUGAUAAAAAUGUCUCCUGUUCACACACCCAAAUGGGAGGAUUAAACUGUGGCUCUGUGGAAAUCUGUGAGACUGCAGCAACACUCAGUGUCUCAGAGAGGAAAGACAGUUGUGAUCCUGAUGAACCUGCUGCUGGUCCGUCAGCUGUUCACGCUGAUCGCUCGCAGACACUCUCACUCACCGCUGACUCGUUUGGAUCUGGGUGCUUAGAUUAUGUGUCGGACUCCCAGCUGAACACCAUCGUUCUGAUUGAGGAUGAGGCGAUGCAGAAAGAGGAAGACCCUGAUUCCUCAGACUGUGAUGAAGAUGGUACAGACCUAAUCUGCGGACUUAUCAGAGAACUCUCCUCUCUAAAGUUAGUACAUGCCAUUCUUCUUUCAGCUACCAGCGUCUUAGCGUCUCUUCCUAUAGGUAACCUUUUGACUUUCACUACCAUUAGUCAGUUUAAUUGUUUUUAUACUUGCCUCCCUGCUGUGAUUGGUUGGGGGUAAAGCAUGUGUGGUCAACUCUGCCAGCUGUAGAUCUCGUCUGGUCAAAGAUGAGCAAGAGAAAGUAUGUAGAUGUGAGACAGACCGACAUUUAAGUGGCAAAUUUGCUUGAAUAAUCCUGCAGCACCUUUAAAGUCCAUGACAUUUAUCUGUUAUUACACACCUCUCCCAUUCUUUAAACCAGUCACUUAAAAGGCAGUUCUUGCUCUAAUUUCUAACUCCAAAAUUUCACUAGAGCAACUUUGUAGGUUGCACAUGUCCAAAAAAAAAAAAAAAGAAUGUUUUAUCUCCCUUUCUCUUCCAAGCAAGGCAGUUUUCUUCUGAUUGGGUGCCCCACACAAAAAAAAAAGCCACAGUUGUGUGCCUGAGAUGACCAAAGUAGGGCCAUCUACUCUCACUGACAUUACACAGAGCCAAGAUCAGGAAAAAUUAGGUGUCCAUGACGCUUGUAGCCCACCCGGCAGGUUGACGGAUACAGAGUUAAAUUGUCAUGAAUGAAAAAUAAUGUCCUCCAUCUUUCUUCUAGUCGGAGAGUCAUGGCUGCUCAUCGAGAGCUGGAGAGUCUGCGCCGUAGCAGUAAAAGUUCAAGGAGCUCAACUCGUUAAGAGAGUUGUUUC